AUGGGGAAGCUAAAAAGGGAAAGCUACCAUUACAGCAAAAUUGUUCAGGGAGUCGAGCCCGAGGUGGCGCUUUCAGCUCUUCUUCCGCGGUGGCCGCUUCAUCUCCCGCUCUGUUUCUGUAGGGUGUCGGCGUUGGAGGAGAGCUCUGUCGGCGCGGCGGGCGGGGAGGCGGCGGGGAAGAAACGCAGAGGAGGGAGGAUCGUCAAGUCCCGCUACCUGCAAUACGACAAGAAAGAAAACAAAAAGGAUAGUUCAGCAAAUUCUUCUACAACUUCCACUGCUAAACCGUCUGAAAAAGGAGGGAGCCAACAAAGGAAAACAGUUCUUCCUCAGAAAAGCAAAACUUCUGGUGGUACCCCUCAUUCAUUAAAUCAGAGCAGUGUGGGGAAAGGUGACUUACAAUCCACUUUAUUAGAUGAAGAUAAAGUUACUCGACCUGACCUUGAUCUUUCAGCUAUUAAUGGCAAAAGUCUCCUUAAAAAGACUUCUAGUUCGAAGUCUGUUUGCAAAACAGAUACAGGGACACGUGAGAAAAAGCAGCGUGUGAAAAAAGGUUCUGAUAAUCUGGAGGGAUGGCAAGCAUCUCAGACACUGCUUUUAACUUACUUAAGAGUAAAGACAGAAAGAAAUCUUGCCAAGCUGGAGGAAGAUGCAGAAGAAAACUUGCUAAUGCUGUGUGAAGAAAAGGAGAGGCUGCAAGAGAAGCUCUGUGAGCUGAAGCAUGAAUUGCAGCUUGAAGAGCAUGAACAGGCUCUGGAAGAUGCAUUAGAUAAACAGAUGGAACUACUCACUCCCCUUGUUACUGUUUGUGAAAAGUUUAAAGAGCAAUAUAAAACCUUUGCAACUUCCCUUGAUGCCACUAGACAUGAAUUACCAGUGAAGAAUAUACACAUAGAAGGAGAUACACUAACAUAUCUGGAUAAACUGCAAAAGCAUUUAACUGUCACACAGGAACUUCUGGCAGACAUUGCACCUGCCUGUGCAGAAGAAAAUGCAGAAGCAUGCACUGAUCUGAAAGAGUUUAAAAAAGUCCUUGAGGAACUGGAUAAAGAGCUACAAAGGGGCUACACUAAAGUGCAGAACUUGUCAUUUGAAGUCAGUAAAGAAGUUUCUCUGCAUAAUCAAAGGAUAUGUGAAGAGAACCAUGGACUAGAUACUGUGAAACAUUGGUACUUCAGAUAACUUUUUUUUCUUUACUGUUAAGUGUGGACUAAAUCAGUGCCAACAGAYCUAUCUUUUUAUUGUUUAAACAUAUGACUUGUCCCGGUGAUACCAGAAUGAAAUCUGGAACAUAUAGGCUAAACUAAUACAGAAUUCUCCGUGCUGCGCUGUAGGGGAAAACUUUUUUUCCAGAUAUGAAGUUUUCAUUUUCCUGUGUCUCCUUCCUGGUUAUUUUCUCCUUAACAGUACUGAAAGCAAGCAGUAAGAAAUGCUCUACCUGGCAAAUGCUGCCUAUCUACUCUUGUUCUUAUAGUAUUGCGUAUCUGGCUUCAAGUGGGGAAAGGGACUUACUUUUCUUUCCAAAGUAGUGUUCCUUAAAGAGUAACAUAUCAAAGUAAAGGUAAAGAGUUGUGUGUGUGGUGCUGUGCACUUGCUGACCUAGUCAGGAGAUCUGUCAGAUUAUACAGCAUGAACGCUGAUCACCCGGUGAGAAACUUGUGGGUGAAAUUGUCCUUUGUUUCUUUAUUUGCCAAGAGGAAAAACUAUGUGGGUAGCUAAGAGUGGGGCUGGUGAAUGGGAGCCACUUGUGACAGUGAGAAGUUUGCUGUUUUGUCAACUAAUUGCUUUGGAAACAGAUUAUUAAAAUUUGAUAUGCUUUCAUAUUAACCUAAUGCAUUCUUUUUAAGGACUCUGUAAUUUAAUUUCAUAAUAAAAAUUGUCUUUUCAUUGCUGUAUCAAUAGCCUUCACUUCUGAAUAUUUUCAGUUUAUCCUGCAGAGGCUUUUCUCUC